UUAUUAUAUUUAAUGGGAAAAUGUGUGAUGAGAUGCAGGGUAUAUUAGGUUACUGCAUGUAGUACACAAAAAUAAGGUUAUUUGACAAUCUGAUGUGAAGUGGUCUGAAAACUGUACACUCCUGAAUAAAGCUUGGAUGGCAACAAAAUGGAAUCCGAUUUAAGGAAAAAAAACUCAAUUAAAAUAUUAAAUAGGAACAUUAAAUAAUAAAAGCUGUAAAAUGAAACAUUAAAGUUGGGUAAUUCUACAUAAAUCUGUUAGUACAGUACAUUGACAACUCAUGGGAGAGUAUUCUGUUACAAUUCUCUUACAUACAAGUUACAAUUCUUGUUAAUGACAGCCUGUUGCAACUCAUACUUUCAUAGAAAGUGCACCAUUGAUCAGCAACACUGAUUAGGAAACGGAUAUGAAUGAUCCUCUGAGGUUGUCGUCAAUCUAGUAAUACAGGUUGAGGUGCAGAGGCCCUUGUCAGACGAAAUAAUGUGAAGAGGAUCCAUUAACACUUCUUUAAGGGUAAAAAUUAGAAAAGUGGAGUUGGUCAUUUUGUGGUUUUUAUCUUAUAUAAUCACACUUCUUUAAAAAUGUAGACAAUUGAUUUACAGAGUUAAAAUACUAAAAUAGUGAGGAAGUGUUCAACAGACCAACUGAAGAUAAUAAAUAAUACAAAUCAAGUCCAAAUAAGACUACCAAGCAUUUCAUAAUAAUAUAAAGAGUAUGCAUGCUAAGAGUCGAAUGGGUUGGUUUACAUUACCGCUGUGCUUUUCUUCAUUCUUUCCCAGCACCAGAAAAAUAAGCUCUGGUCCAGGGCGUUAUGCACGGCUUGCAGAUGCGGAGCCUUCUUCAACUGAAAAUAAAUGGCCAGGACCCUAGCACCAGAAAAUAUGACUGCCCAUUCCAGAUCCACAGACUACACAUUUUCCAAGGUUGACCCCACCACUCUUACAAAUGAAUCCGUGGGUCAUUGCUCCAUAUUCAGUGACGCCUGUUGCAAGUCUUUUGACCAGGUGUGUCGCCUCAGGUGUUCUUUCCCAGGAGGAUGUUGAUACUGUCCCUAGAGAACCCCAUGUAUUUUCCCCAAAUCUCCUGGAAGCUGAACAGCACAUCACUAUGGAACGGGAGCUUGACAAGAUCAAUCUAGAAAUGGAGUUGUUGAAGUUGGAAAAAGAAAGCGCAGAUGUCACUCACAAAUUUUACUUGAGUCAAAGGUUUACAUCAUUGCAGCAAUUCACCUCCCAUCUGCAAGAUGUGCUGAGAGAACAGGCAAGCCUGCGCCGAAGACUGAUGAAACCACUGUGUCAGACUAACCUGCCCAUAGAGGCAGAUCUUCACAGAUAUGUGGUGGAGGUCAUGAGGAUGGCGGUGGACUUCAUUGAGAACUUGGAGGCAAAGAUGAACACUGUUCGUACUAUUCCCACCAUUGAUGAUUCCAUGAGCAAUCUGAACAAUUGCGUAGCUCAGCUCCUAGCCCAGGUGACAGAGGUGGAAAGACUCUCCAAUCAGGUUCUACAGUGGAGGAGUCAAAACAGCAGCACUUCCAUCAAUGACAUCACUACCUGAGAGCAACGUGAGUCCCAAUUCUCCACCCUUUUCCCGAAGUGUGCACUUGCCUGUCAUGGAUUUAACAAGGGGGUAAACUCCCUACAGCCAAUGUUUACAUGAAUCCACUGCUUUUAAAUCUAUGAUUACAAUUGUAGUGUGUAAGUGAACACUUUGGGAGAAGGGUGGAGAAUCGGGAUGCAACCCAAGUCAAACUUUUCAGAAUCCUUCAAUGGACAUCUGUCAUUUAUACAUGACAAGAACAUUGUGUUCUGAAAAUGUUUGACAAAUGUCUCAUUCAGAGAAAAUGGGUGUUGUGUUACUUUACAAUAUCCCCCAUAAUGUGCUAUUUUGUCAUUGUUUAUUUUGAUUCUAACUAAUGGCAUCUUUGUAAAUAAAUCUAUCUUGUUAAUA